AUGAUCCGGUACCUUCAAGGCAAAUGUUUGAGAUUAGAGAGCUGGCGAAAGGCGUUGGUGUGGCAGAAGCGUUACCUGCAGCGGGUCAUAGCUGGAUUCCAGGAGAUUGAAAUGAAAUUGAUGCCCGCGACCAAUAAUACGACACAGUUAAGAGGAAGGAGAAGAUUUAGGUGCAUAGUGAACGUAGUAGUGACUGUGAUUCGAAUGGGCUAUCUCGUUCGUCGUCGCCAACACGUCCGUUCGGUCGCCGCAGCCUGCCUCCUACGAGACACCCACACACCCGUAUUCAAUACACCGCUAUCCAAACCUCACCUACAAGUCCACACACCUACACAGAUACAUCUAUUCAGUACACCAUCAAAGACGCACACACUGAACAUGAACACACCAACACGCCCGAACGCCCUCGCCAGCAGACUGCUCAAACAUGAUCUGGGCUUUGAUUUACCACACGAACAUGGUGAAGAUUUAAAUCGGCGCUCGCCUUAUACAAAUACACCUCAGGGUCGACAGUUUAUUUCAAGUUACUCCCGCAGCGAAGCAGCGUCAACGUUAGUGAAUAAAUUAGAAACAGCCAGCAGAUGCCUAGGUCGCAAUCUCGAUGACAAAAAUGCACCUUGA